GUGGACCGUUCGAUUUACUUAUAUCGUUGCAUCAAUAUUUAUAAAAUAUUGCUGAUGUGUUUUGUCACGGGUCUUUUUUUUGUGAUGACGUUUGCGCGGGAGGUGGGUUCGAUGUUUUCUUUUAAAGAAACAUUCGUGUAAUUUGUGUGGAUAAUAAAUAGCUCGUGAUAUCAAUGAUAUAUCGACAUUCAUGCGACAUUCACGAAUGACGAAUAACUCGUUCAAGUUGAAAAAAUUCGGGAAAGCUUUUGCAACGAGCAGUGAUAUUAGUGGCGCCAUCGGUGUCAGCUGUAGGUUUACACAGUACGAUUGGUUGGUGCAAGUGCAUGCGUUUACUGUGCAAUAUCGAGAAACCAAUGGGAAUCGAAGUGUUGCGCCGUCGCCAUUGCGCGUCCGGCCUAUGGGGACCUAGCCGUGGCGUACAGAAGACUAGGCUCGAACGCUUGAAAGAUGUGCAAAGAUUUUUGUUAAAAGUGUGUGAGUUGCAUGGUGAUUUAUUCAUUGUUUGUUACAUAGCAAAACGUCGAUCGAGGACGACGACUAACACAAACAACGAUCAUUUUACUGUGAGACGGAUUGCAUGUCUGUUAUUCCAGUGAAAAGUGCCGAGUGUACGCGCGUUGUCUCUUUCAUCGACAAGCGAUUCCGUGAUGCGCGACUGACUAUUCGUAAAAGUGUUUGAAUAGUAAACUUGUAGCCGUGGUACACACUUCCUUCUAAUUGCAGCAUUGUAUAUUUUCGCGUAGUAAUACGCUAAACGCGGCACUACUGUGUCCACGGUGAAUUUUAAAGUGAAUUGCAAAGUGCUGAACGUGACUGCUGUGCUCCGAUAAUAAUAGUCCGGCGCGCCAUUUAAAUCGUGCUUUCGCACUAUUCUCGACGAGUGCGUUGAACGCCUUAAUGGACAAUUUCGUGUACGAUAACACAUUGCCCGAUUGUCCACGCUUUUAAGAAUGGAGAAUUUUGACUCCUCGCGAAUUAUGUAACUGGUAAUGCGCGUAACGACGCGAUAUGACGAUGAUGAACGAUAUGUCUACUAGAAUGGAAGAGGAAAUAGUAGUAGAUGACAUAGACGACAAUAGUACUGCAGAGACGCAGCAGGCAGAUGACUCAACAACACCCGUAAUGCCUUUGCUAUACAUUCAACAAAAUAAAGUACGUUCUAAUCAGUCAGCAAGUGCAAAUCAAACUCUUGUUUCACCUAAUACGCAACUUGCUGCAAUUAUUAAUCCAGUUAAUAAUCAGAUUGUGACUGGGCAAAAUAAGGUUUUUAUACAAGGACCAAGCCAAGUCGCUACAUCUCAAAGUAAACAGCAUAUUGUAAUCCAUCGACCAAUAAAUACCGUGAGCACUACAGCGACCCCUCAGACUCAAAAACAUAUAUUAUUGAGAAAGUCAAAUACAUCUACUGCUCAGAUAGUGCCCUUGAAUACAACUCAAGGAAGUCAAACCAAUGCACAAGUGGGAAAGCAUACAUUUGCAUAUUUGGGAACGCUCAUUAAACCUAACAAAUCACGAGAAUCUGUUGUGAUACCUGCAGGAGCCCUAUCAACAACUCAAAUAACUAAACCAAAAUUAGUAAUUGCACCAGUAAUAUCUCAGUUAGCUCAGACAUCAACUAGUACGACAAGUGGUUCUCAGAGUCAACCUCCUAAACACAUGGCGAAUUUAUUAUUGCCAGUAAAUAUUCCACAGCAGAGCGGAGCCACAAAACCUAGCAUGUUUAACUUAAAGAUUAAUAAUGGUCAACUUAGUACAGAAAGCAAGGGAACUAUAACAGUGUUACGUGAGUCAAAAACGACGAAUUCAACGACGCAUCCACCGCCAUUACAUCCAAUAGCGAAAAUGAGUUUGUUAAAUGCAAAUAAGGGUAGUUCUAAUUCAAUUGAUAGUAUAAAAAUUACUGAAAAUCCAGACUCUGCUGUUAUCACGCCUAUUCCGAAAAAGGAAGAUAAUCAGCCAGAAAAGCGCAAAAAGACAAUUAGCAAUAUAUUACGAGGUUCCGCUGAAAAACGAAUGAAGAAACAAAAUAUACCAAAAUCGCCUCAGGACAGUCUGGCUGAUACUAAUUAUGCACUGAGUAGUCCAGAGUCUGAACAGGACAAAGAUAAGAAGGGUCAAAAUGAUGACGACAUUACAUUGAUUAAAGUUGUUCCUAGCGAGGACAAAGUCUCGAAACUCAAUACAAAUAUGGAUGAUGAUAUAAAAAUAGAAAUAAUUAAAGCACCAACGAAUUGUAAUGUUGAAGCAAUGCCAGACAAUAAGUGCGAAGCAAAGAGUAAUAAUCACGAUGAAACGAAAGAGCAAUUAAAUAAUCUAAAUCAGAAUAAUUCUAACUUUGAUGCGACUAAAGUUUUAGACUGGAAAGAUGGCGUUGGCACUUUACCUGGAAGCAAUUUACAGUUUCGCAUGAAUGAAUUUGGCAUUAUGGAAGUAGUAGACGAAGAUGAAAGCAGUAAACAGAAUAAGGAUGGUAUUGGUGACAAAGAAAAUGUGUGUUUAACACAAAAUUCUUCAAAGAGCAGUCCGGCAACUGUUAAUAAUGCUAAUACGGAGAAAAAAGCUGAUGAUAGAAAAUCCAGAUCGAUGAAUGCAGACACAAUGUAUCAUUGUGAAGGUUGCGGAUGUUAUGGGUUGGCUGCUGAAUUCGAAAGUCCAAUAUCAUGCAGCCCUUCCUGCACAGAACAGAUAGAAUCUAGAAAACAAACUGCACUUCGAAAGGAAAAAGAGUUGAAGGAGGUACGUAUGAGAAAGAAACGCAAAAGAUUGCUGCAAGAAUCACAAUGGGCAAAGGAGAUGGAUGAAAAGUCUGAUGAUAAAAUGCAGGAUAAGGCAAAGUCUGAGACAGAUGAUGAAAAAGACACAAUUGUUGGCAUAGACGAUGAAAGCCAAGGAGAUUCGUUAGAGUGCAAAUAUCCUUGGCAAAGAGGAAAACUCGGUUUUUCAUGGCCAAAGUACCUUGAUCAUUGCAAGGCGAAAGCAGCGCCUGUUAAGUUAUUUAAAGAUCCUUUUCCUUAUAGCAAAAAUCACUUCAGAGUUGGAAUGAAAUUGGAAGGUAUAGAUCCCGAACGUCCUUCUCGAUAUUGUGUUCUGACUAUCGUCGAGGUUGUAGGUUAUCGAAUGCGUCUGCACUUCGACGGUUAUCCGGAAAAUUAUGAUUUCUGGGUAAAUGCAGAUAGCAUGAAUAUAUUUCCUGCUGGCUGGGCUGAGAAAAACGGUAAAAAAUUAGAUCCACCAAAGGGUUAUACAGUUGGUAACUUCAAUUGGAAUGCAUAUCUGAAAUUGUGUAAAGCGACUGCAGCAGCGAAGAAUAUAUUUCCGAAUAAAAGCGUGCUGCAAACUGUCUUUCCUACGUGUUUUCGAGUGGGCAUGAAGUUGGAAGCGGUGGACAGAAAACAUUCUACAUUACUUUGUGUUGCUAGUAUAGCAGGUUUAAUGGACUCCCGAAUAUUGGUCCACUUUGAUUCUUGGGAUGAGGUGUAUGAUUAUUGGGCUGACGUGAGUUCACCAUAUAUUCAUCCUGUAGGAUGGUCUCAUCACAAUGGAAUCACUUUGGUUCCACCAAACAACAAAGAUGCCAAGUCCUUCACUUGGGACGCGUAUCUGAGAGAAAUGGGUGCGACGGCUGCACCGGCUAGGGCAUUCAAACAGCGACCACCUUGUGCAUUCAAACGCGGUAUGAAGCUGGAAGCAGUAGAUAUGCGGGUUCCACAAUUAAUCAGGUUGGCCACGGUUGUCGAUGUACAAGAUCAUCGAUUGAAGAUAAAAUUCGAUGGUUGGCCCGAUAGUCAUGCUUACUGGGUUGAUGAUGAUUCACCUGAUAUUCAUCCUGCAGGCUGGUGUUUGAAAACUGGUCAUCCACUGGAGCCACCAUUAACGCCCGAUAACCUAAACGAUCGACCAGAAUGCGGUACAUACGGUUGCAGAGGUAUAGGACAUAUAAAGGGACCUAAAUUUGCAACGCAUAAUUCGGCAUCCGGUUGUCCAUACUCUCCUCAAAAUCUAAAUAAAAAAGGACACAUGCCUGACAGACUUAGCUUGAUGAAAUAUGAAUCCUAUGAAUUUGAGGAGGAAAUGCUGGAAAAACCUAAAUUAGAGAAAAUUGACAAAAUUAAGAUGGACAAGUCUGAAAAAUAUGUAUUCUCAGACGAGAGAUUAAUAAUUCCUGAGAAGGAGAUUAAACUAGAAGAUGGAGAUUUGUCCGAUAAGAAUGACAAGUUUGAAAACAGAUCGGAAAAUUCGGAAAAAUCGAACAAGUCUAAAAAUCUGCAUAGCGAUGGACAAACGGACGAUGAUGAGGUUUCGAAAAAACGGAAGAAAAAAAGCACAAUUUUGGAAGAACCUUUGUUUUCCGUUUCUAAUACUAAUUCUACAUAUAGCGAUCUGCAGCAGUGGCAACCUAUCCCAUAUGCUGCAAACAUGCCAGAUAAGCAAUUGCGUAAAGAACUUUAUCAAUCUGUAUAUAAUCCAGGAUAUAAUCCUUUGCCAAAUGCACCUCAUGUAUGGGCAAAACACAGCAAUGCCUUAAACAGAGUAGUAGCAAAGCAAACUACAAAUCCACGACGAUGGUCGAAUGAAGAAGUGAUUAAAUUUGUACAGAGCGUGCCUAAUUGCGCAGAAGCUGGGAAUAUUGUUAGACAGAACAAUAUUGAUGGUGAGGCAUUUUUAAUGUUGACACAAGAAGAUUUAGUUUCGGUAUUGCGUCUACGACUUGGGCCUGCAAUUAAGUUGUAUAAUAGCAUAGUUUUAUUACGUCAAAAAGCGUCAUAAAUUAUUUCCAAAUGCAACAUGUAUUAAUAGCAAGUCAUGGAAUAUGGCAGCUAUUUAUAACGAAAUAUAUUGUUUAUUUAUUCGAAAUAUUAUUACGGAAAUGGUUUAAAUAGUUGCAGCAUAAAUUUUAUACCAAGAAAUAUUUCAGAAUUGUUUUUUUUCUUUAAUAUGUGACAUCAUGCUAAUUAGCAAAUAAAAAGCGAAUAAAGAAGAAACGCAAAAAAAUUCUCGCGAGCGUUUAAUUUUGGAUAGCUAAAAAAUAUUUGUGAUUUUUUUUGUUUAAGUCAAAAUUGAGAUGAAAAUACUACGUAUUGUUAAAAGUCCUUACACAUUGUUCAUAAUUAAUUUUAUAUUAAUUCUAAUAAAUGCAGAGCGAUGACGUAUCGCUUAUUCGUCAAUUUGUAAUUCAGACUUGUCAAUUCGUAAUAUAAUUCGCAAUUGAGACUUUGUUAUAAGAAUGUGUAUUGUUUAUAAGUACUUACAAUUAUAUGACGUAUUUUUUCGUAUAAAAUGAGUAUGUUAAAUCACACGUGUACAAAUGUAAAUAUUAUUUUAAUUAUUAAGUAUUGUAAUAAAAAUACUUAUGCAACCUUUCCACCUAA